CUCGCCCUGGCUGCGAAGCGUCUGGAACCGCAUCCUCCGCAUACACAUCCGCAUCCUCGUCCUCCGGCGACCGCGUCCCGCAGCAGCUGCUGUUGGAGCCGCCUGACAAGGAGCACCAUCCACCAUGGUGAAGCUGGGCUGCAGCUUCUCCGGAAAGCCAGGCAAAGACCCUGGGGACCAAGAUGGGGCCUCCACGGACAGUGUUCCUCUAAUCAGUCCCCUCGACGUCAGCCAGCUCCAGCCACCAUUCCCUGACCAGGUGGUCAUAAAGACACAGACGGAAUACCAGCUGUCUUCUCCGGACCAACCGAAGAAGUUCCCCGACCUGGAGGGCCAGAGGCUGACCUGUAGCCACCCGGAGGAAGGCCGCAGGCUGCCCACAGCACGGAUGAUUGCCUUCGCCAUGGCGCUCCUGGGCUGUGUCCUGAUCAUGUACAAGGCCAUCUGGUACGACCAGUUCACCUGCCCCGAUGGCUUCUUGCUUCGGCACAAGAUCUGCACACCGCUGACCCUGGAGAUGUACUACACCGAGAUGGACCCCGAGCGCCACCGCAGCAUCCUGGCAGCCAUUGGGGCCUACCCGCUGAGCCGCAAGCACGGCACGGAGAUGCCCGCGGCGUGGGGGGAGAACUACCGCGCUGUCAAAGAGGAGCACAAGGCGCCCACCCAGGCGGGGGCGGCGGCAGUGGCGGCGGCGGCGGCGGCAGCAGUGGCCACCGAGCCGCCGGGGAAGCCCUUGACCACCGGAGAGAAGGAGGACGCACGGAAGGCGGCCGGGAGCGCGCCACCUCUUCCCGCGCAGUGACCGCCUUCGCGGCCCCCGCCGGCCCCGCCCCGGGCGUCUUCCCGCCAGCUCCUGAGACCAGCGCGUCGCCCGACACUCUUCCGCCCAGUGUUCGUGCCCCUGCCCCCAGGCACCCUCGCUGAAGUCCCCGCCCCCAUGAGCCUCUGGCUCUGUCGCUUUUCUGUAAGUAAAGAUUCAAGUCCACCUGAGUCUUCCAUUUCUCUAG